CGGGUGCAGCGCGCGACUUGCGCUGAUGCGCAGACCACUCACUCAUCAGACUGCGCCUCGCUCUCUCGUACAGCCUUACCGCUUGCAUCAUAUGCUGCUGCCUGCUGUCCUGCUCGAUCACUUGCACCCACAUUCGGCCUCGUGCUCUCUUCAGCUUCAAGCCGUUUGCGCUUUACCCUCGUUCCGCAGAGCAGAUUUCAGCAAUCACUCACCUUACACCAUCUUUAGGUGGAGUCAGUAUGAACGCAUUGCAAACACACUUUUGGGCGGUGAGGGACUACCUUUCUCCCGUCUUGAGAGAAUCAAAGUUCAAAGAGCAUGGAAGAAUCACUCCGGACGAAUUCGUUGCUGCAGGCGACUUUCUCGCUUACAAAUUCCCGACAUGGUCAUGGUCACCAGCAUCGUCAUCUGCUCUCAUCGGUGCUGGCUCGGGCACUUCUGGCUCUAGUAGUGCAGACGAUGCUUCAAAGUACACGAGAGACUUUUUGCCCAAGGAUAAGCAGUACCUCAUAAGCAGAGGCGUACCUUGCUUGAGGAGAGUCAGCGCCAUGGAGAAGGCUGCAGCAGGCAGCGGAAAGGGAGCAUCAGCACCUGGCUCGAAGGAAGAUGAGGAAGUCGUGGAUGCAACAAGUGAUGACAAGGAAGGAUGGCUAGCCACUCACCUCGAUGGGGAUGGAAUUUCCUCGUCAACAAAUCCCGGAGACAUAGCCGACAUCCCAGAUGUAGACGGUGAAGUGGGAGGACUGACCGCUGGCGAAGAGGACGAUCUUGCCAAAAGGGUUGCGGGCACCUCACUAGGCGCCGACGAAGCAAAGAGAGCUGGACUAGAUGCCGCCGACGACAUCGCAGAGAUUCCAGACAUGGACGAUGAAGAUGAGCUUGGAGAGCUCGCUGGUGGGGUGGUGGAAGAUGACCCAGCCACAGCCGCCUCGUACGCCACUGCUAGCAAAGGUGCCACUGCUGGUACCUCGAAUUUGAUCAGCGUCCGUAAGUACGAUUGCCUUAUCACCUACGACAAAUACUACCAGACUCCCCGCAUGUGGUUGGUGGGCUACGACGAGUCGGGAAGGUUGUUGAAGCCGCAAGAAGUUUUCGAAGACGUCUCUUCCGAUUAUGCCCAAAAGACGGUCACUGUGGAACCUUUUCCGCACGCUCCGAUGAGCGCAGCGAGCGUCCAUCCGUGCAAGCACGCCAGCGUCAUGAAGAAGGUCAUCGAGAGGAUGGAUGGAGCUGUUGGAGCUGCUAGGAAACAACAGCUGGCAGAGAGGGAAAAGGAGGGCAAGGCUGCGAAGAAGUCGAACAAGCCUGGUUGGCUUGGAGGUAGCAGCAAGAAGAGCAGCAGUCAGAACGAGAAGGAGCCAUCCCAACCAGACGAAGAAGAGGAGAUUCCCGAGGGUCUACGUGUAGAUCAGUACAUGCUCAUUUUCCUGAAGUUCAUGGCUUCCAUCGUCCCUGCAAUCGAGAUCGAUGCGACGCAGGCAAUGUAGAAAACGACAAACGGGCAUUUGACCUCCCUCCGUCAGCAUUGCAUACAUUUCACACUUGUUCCAG